UGGUACGCCUGUCACAAUUUUCGGUUCACAUGCUUUGUUUUUGUUUGAUCUGUUUAUUCCUCGUGUAGCUGUGUCUGUAUAAACAAAUUCUAAACAAAAUGGUUAUGCGCGGUCAGCCAGGUAACCGGAGGCGCGGUGGAAUGCGCAUGGGUGGCUUCCGGGCCUUUGUUCCCCAUGUGCCCUUUGACCUUGUCCUGUGCGAGCCGCAGAAUGUGUUUCCGCGCUGCCGCCCAUCGCCGGAUGAAACGGCGUUCACGCAGGCGCUCCUCAAACGCAACCAGGACCUGUCGCCAACUGCGCAGGAGCAGGCGUCCGUGCUAGCCCUCAUCACCAAGGUCAACCAGGUCAUGGACAACAUGAUCGUCGCUCCGGCGAUGUUCGAAGCGUGUCAAAUCGAGGAGAUCCGGCAGGUUGGUUCGCACAAGAAAGGCACGAUGAUGGCCGGUCACAACGUCGCUGACAUUGUUGCUCUGCUGAAGACGCUGCCAACGAAGGAGGCGGUGAACGCUCUCGCCUCCAAGGUGCUCGACGACCUGAAGGAGUCAGACGCAGCCGAAGUGUUGAAUAUGGCAAUCAAUGAAAGCGGAUUCGAAAUUGCCUCGUCUGAUGCAACGGUGAAAGUACUCAUCACGACAAUUCCUCCGAAUUUUAAGAAACUGGACCCAGAACUCCACUUGGAGGCGAAAGUAAUGCAGAGCCACCUGGGGGCAAUCCGACACACCCGCUGGUUUGAGGAGAAUGCGUUCCACUCUAGCAUCAAGGUUCUAAUCAGACUGUCCCGUGACCUGCGUAAUCGCUUCCAGGGAUUCCGGCCUCUCAACCCGUGGAUAAUCGAUCUGCUGGCACAUUACGCCAUACUGAACAAUCCAGCCAGACAGCCUCUGCCGAUCAAUGUUGCUUUCAGGCGGUGCUUGCAGCUGUUGUCGGCUGGAUUCUUCCUACCUGGUUCGGUGGGCAUUACGGAUCCAUGCGAGAGCGGGACCCAGCGUGUUCACACUGUCAUGACCCUAGAAGAGCAGGACCAGGUGUGCUUCACGGCCCAGACACUCCUGCGCGUUCUGGAACAUGGCGGUUACAAGCAGGUUCUUGGCUUCGAAGGCAACUCGAGUAUCGCGACGGAGAUGUCGGUGUGGGAAGGCGUCGUCGUGACGCCGUCGGAGAAGGCGUACGAGAAACCGGAGAAGAAGGACGGCGAGGAGGAGGAUGCGGAGGGAGAGGGAGAGGACGAUGUCGAGGGAGAGGUCGGGGACGACAUGGAUACGGUGGACGGCCAGUGAGAGAGACGGCGACCGGAGAGAGACACAUCCGCACGCGGCACGAACGCGACGUCACAAACCCUUUUUUGUUUCCUCUCUCUCCUUCCUUUCUUCCUCAUCUUCUCUUUCCUUAUUCCUAAAGGCAGUGACAACGAAAAACAGGCAGCGACCAUGGGCGAACGAUGCGGGCUGUAACCCUGACAACUGAGUUUUCGGCUUCGGCUGUUUCACACGGAUUUUUCCGAGUCGCACAUUUUCGUAGUCGAAUUGGUUAUGUUUCGCGGGGAUGCGCGUCAUCGCAUGAGCCGCAUCUCGGCUCCUUGAAUCUUUUUGUGUGCAUGUUUGUUUGGCAUUCUAGCUCUGUUGUGUCUGCCGCCGCGAUGCUAGGAUGCUCACUUCACGAUGGUUUGUGAGAUUACCCAGAUCGGGUCAUGAUCUACGGCCAUCCUGCACUAGUGAUCAUGGUUUAUUGUGCAGCGGCCCAUUUUCAGAAACAAAAUUCAUAUUAACAUUAGUCUUAACAUUAACUUUUUCUCGUAGACCGUUGACAGAGUUUUGUUUCAUUAAAUUACGAGGAAAUUGGCCAGGAUUUCUAAUUCUUUUAACCUUACGUUUCUUUCAAUGUUAGUGUUAGGACUAAUUAUGAGACUGAUUUUGUUUCUGACAAUGGGCCACAAGUUUAUAAUCCACUGAUGAUUCUUCAGAUGGGUUACUUUUCGUUUGCCAUCCUCUUCGUUUGUCGUAACGUCCUCGAAUGUAAAAUUGCAGCGUCCGCUUUUCAUUAGCGUUAGCGGAGAUUGUGUGAACUUUGUAAUCUAUGGUUUGAAAGGUUAUUAUUAUGUGUUGAAAUGUGUUCCCGGCGACGUCUUUCACGUCCCAAGGAAAUUGAACGUUUACGGAUGCUGAUGCAAUCUUUUGUCCAGCACACAUACAAAGACAUCUUAUUUACACUCAGAAUCCUCGCGAUCGAUGGUAUAUAUGUAAUUUCGAUUUCAACAAUAAACCUACUAUAUGUCCUUCUGUGAA